UAUAGAUCCAAUUCAUUAAACGACAAAUGCAUAUGACCCGUCAAGGUAUUAUAUUUGGAUCAUUUUGCGAGGAUAGCGACUUAGUAAUACCCGCGCGGGCUUCUCCUGCCGCCUGUCUGACGUCGCCAAGCAUCACACUAGCCACAAAUGUCAGCCCGGAAUAGCACAGCAUGUGUUCAUCAACGAUAUAGCGAUCCGAAUCUUUCGAUCAGUGGGGAAUGCGUAGGCGUUGCGAAACCCGACAAAUGGGCGGUAUGACUUGCCGUAGAACAUGGCAAUCAAUUGUGCAGGGCGUUCCGUCAUCAUACGAUAUUUGUUUCUGCGGUAGCUAUAUAUAAAUAUGAAGUGUGCCUACUGCAAUCUUCUGGACUGUAUGAACCAAAAUUCAAUAUCUCAAUCGAAUUGCUCCCUUCUACACUAAUAUGGCAACCGACAUUAAGACUUCAGUCCCGAGCAAGGUGCUCUCGCCAAACCGCCUCGCCCAUGUAGUUCUGCGCACCAAUGCCACAAACUUCAAGCCUAUGGUCGCUUUCUAUAAGACCUUCCUGGGUGCCCACGCCUCCUAUGAGAAUGAAAUGCUCUCAUUCCUCACUUACGACGAAGAACAUCACCGCAUCGCCAUUGCAGGUCUCCCAAACACUGCAGCCAAGCUCCCGGGCUCCGCCGGCAUGGACCAUGUGGCUUUCGCCUUCAACAACAUUCACGACUUGACCCUUUCGUAUCAACAGCGCAAAGAUCAAGGCAUUUUGCCCAUCUGGUGUACCAACCAUGGACCAACACUUAGCAUGUAUUAUCGAGAUCCCGACGGUAACAAGGUCGAGGCGCAGGUGGAUGUCUUUGACACUCCAGAGGGGGCGACUGCAUUUAUGACGAGUCCCGAGUUUGCGGAGAAUCCUGUCGGAGUUGACUUCGACCCGGAGGAUAUCAUUAGGCGGCUGAGCAAUGGCGAAGAUGAGAAACUAGUCAUGAAGAGGCCCAACGUCGGUCUACGUAGGAUUGAUGCUGCUCUCGUGGACAAACAAUAGUCCAUGCUCAAGCAGAGGUCACUAUUAUGUGGGAGGGCCUGU